UUCGACAUGGUUUCAGCAAAGAUCUACUACGACAACGACGCCGACUUAGCCUUGCUCAACGACAAGACCAUCGUCUUCCUGGGUUUUGGCAAUCAGGGAGCAGCUCAAGCACAGAAUCUGCGCGACUCCGGCAUUCCGAAUGAAGCGAUUAUCGUUGCAAACCGACCAGACUCCUAUGCAGAGGACGCCAAGUCAAGAGGAUUUAACGUUGAAUAUGACUUUGCGAAGGCCGCGAAAGCUGCUGAUGUCGUGUUCCUGUUGAUCCCUGAUCAGGUUCAGCCGCGAGUGUUUAACGAGCAAUUUGUUCCGAACUUGAAGGAUAGUACAACCAUCGUGAUCGCCAGCGGUUACAAUGUGUUCUUCAAGCUAUUGAAUUUCAAGCCUAGUCAAGACGUCGUCAUGGUCGCACCAAGGAUGAUUGGUUCCUCGGUCCGCAGUCUCUAUCAGAAGGGAAAAGGUUUCCCUUGCUUCGUAUCUGCGGAGCAAGAUGGUAGCGGGAACGCACUAGCUACUGCGCUGGCUUUGUCCAAAGGCAUUGGAGCCACCAAGGCCGGUGCUAUUGCAUCUUCAGCCAAGGAGGAGACAGCGAUGGACCUCUUCGCUGAGCAAGCACUCUGGCCCAAUAUCAUUGUGCUGUUCAGGGAGGCGUUCAGUGUGCUGAAGGAAGCCGGAUGCUCAGACGAAGCGCUCUGCUACGAAAUGUGGAUGUCCAAGGAGCCCGCCGAAAUCUUUGAACGAGCAGCGGAAGAUGGGUUUAUCACCCAGCUGAAGCAUCACUCCACCGUAUCACAAUACGGGCAGCUGAAGGGUGCACUACAGCUCGACGGGUCUGCUACGCGAGCGCACUUCAAGGAUAUCCUGUACAACCAGGUCCUCAAUGGAAAAUUCUGCAAAGAGUUCAGCCAGAUCGAGGCCGACUUGGAAAAGCAGGACGCUACGAACCCAUUGGAGCAGCUUUAUGCUGAACAUUCAAAGAGCGAACUCGCGCAAGCAGAGCAGAGGGUCCGGAGCAGGCUGCAAGGCUUGUUGUAGGCAAAUAAUAGAAUCUGUAAUUAGAUCAUCUCUUCAAAAUCAGAACAUAACUUCG